AGUUACUUAUGACGCCUUAAAGCAUUAUUAAAGUUCAUUUACAUUUCCAAGCUUCCUUAUAAAAGGGUGGAACACAAGCUGAAAUUUUAUGGGUGUUGAAAUCACUGGAAUCCUCAAGAUGAAAUACCUGAUUGUCAUCGCACUGUGCGUGUUUUUGGUGGUGGAAGUAAGCGCUCCUCCACCCCCUCCACCUCCCAGGGGCAGCCGCCCUCCUCCACCUCCCAAGGGUAGUCGACCCCCACCCCCUUCGAGAGGAACUCGUCCACCACGUCCCACCCGUGGUACUCGUCCUCCCAGACCAGCACCAUGCGACGCUGCCGAAGACUGCGAAGCCGACCAAUGCUGUGUUGUAAGCGGACCUUUCUUUUUCAGAAAGGGGAAGUGCGUGAAGUUGGCAACUGAAGGAAAAAGCUGCAGCCCAGAAGAAUUGGCCCUCAAUGGAAGAUUUAUUGGUCGUUGCCCAUGCGCAGAAGGCCUUUCUUGCGAACCAAGAAGAACAGUUGAAACAAAGCAAGGCAUAAUAAGAAUCAAUGACCGAUGUGUCAAACCCGGAUCGUCUACCGUCGAGCCAGACGUAGAAGUAACAGAUUCAGUAACCACAGAUUCCGGAGAAUCGAAUGAAUCGAAGGAAUCCGAAGAAGAAGCGCAGUAAAACUCUUCGAUAUGCUGAUUUACAUAAACUUGUAACUUUUCUGCUUUAAAAUGAGAUAAAGCAUGUUUGUUGUA